UCCGUGGGUCUAUCCCGCGAUCUGCAGCUCGAGCUAAACCAAUCAACUUCAACCUUUUAGUCGGCCACUUCUAUCAAACUGACUCUCACGCUCUCUAUUCCAUCAGCCUUGUUCAUAUCUACUUACUCAUCAUCAUCUUUCAUUUCAUUCGGCUUAGCUUGGUGAUCUGUUUCAAACGCGACUCAGUCAGCAUUAGAGCGAGUCUUCAGUCUAUGCAUCGUAUAGCAGCUAGACGUCUGCUCGCCCAAACGCUAUGUUCAGCCUGCCGGAAAGCCGCCGUAGAAAAGACAGCGGGUUUUGUGGUAGCUCCGCUUUAUAGGCCCUUUAUUAGGCCAUAUUUGACGCCUCAAAGAUGGCGAUCGUACCAUACGCCCUCUCAGAUUGCACAAACAUACGAGACCCAUCAUGACACCAUCUACGCUCUAUCAUCAGCCGAGGGCAAGGCCGGCAUAGCUGUAAUCCGUGUCUCGGGCCCUUCUUGUAUACAAAUAUACCAUAUGCUGUGCCCCAAUAAGAAGGCGCCACAACCACGCUAUGCCACAGUAAGAGCACUAUUCCUUCCAGGCACGCAGGGAUCUGAGAUUCUCGAUUCCGCCGCAAUGGUCCUGUAUUUCCCGGGACCGCGAACCGUCACAGGCGAGGAUGUACUAGAGCUGCAUGUCCACGGCGGCAGCGCCACCGUCAAAGCAGUCCUGUCGGCCAUACCCAAAUGCGCCGGCGCCGGCAAUGGGCGUAUCCGUUACGCGGAGCCCGGGGAGUUUACGAAACGGGCCUUUAUGAAUGACAGGCUUGACCUGGCUCAGGUGGAGGCAUUAAGCGAAACCCUUGCGGCUGAAACGGAGCAGCAGCGACGAGCUGCCGUCCGAGGUAGCUCUGGAUCUUUGGGUCGCACGUACGAGGACUGGCGCCGCAAAUUACUGGAAGCGCGAGCCGAGAUGGAAGCCCUCAUAGAUUUCCAGGAAGACCAGCACUUCGACGAAUCGCCUGCUUCCCUUGUUAGCAGUGUCAGCCAGCAAAUCCACGAUAUCCUGAGGAGCAUCAAGGUCCACGAGAUGGCGAGUCACCGGGCCGAGCUUCUGCGAAACGGUAUCCAGGUAGCGCUCUUGGGCCCACCCAACGCCGGCAAGAGUUCCUUGAUGAACCAAGUUGUCGGCCGAGAGGCGUCCAUCGUGUCAGGGGAAUCCGGCACGACGCGCGACAUCAUCGAAGCUAAUCUCGAUAUCCGAGGGUAUCUGUGCACGUUCGCUGACACGGCCGGAUUUAGAACUGCCACGACGACAACGACUAGCCGCGCCGCUUCACAUGAUGACGACGCCACCGCUGCGCAUCAUCCACAUCCCUCCCAAACGAGAAUUGGGGCUGUCGAGGAGGAAGGGAUCAGGCGAGCAAGGACAAGGGCCGCACAAUCUGAUGUAAUCAUCGUUCUCGCCUCUGUGGAGGAGGAGAAGCACGCGGUAGCAGGGGGUCACGACCGCCGCCACCACGAGAUCCGCUACGAUACCGAGACGCUAAAACUCGCAGCCGCCUGUCCCCGACGCCUAGUGCUCAUCAACAAGAUAGACGCCGUGCCAUCCCCGGCGGAUCUGGGCCCGCUCGUCCGCGCCUUUCGGGACAACGUGCUAAAGAAGAUACCCGGGCUGGAAGAGAUCCGCCCCAUGCUCAUCUCAUGUAAAGAGGCGCAAGAAAUUCAAGGUUCUGACCAUCGUGGUGAUCCCGGUGGAGUGCGCCUCGUGGCGGAUAGGCUGGUCUUGGCGUUCCAAAAUAUGACUGAGCUGCCCACCAGUUUGCAGGACCUCCACGGCGUCACGGAGCGCCAGCGGCAGCUCCUCGUGCAGUGUCGGGUGAGUCUCGAGGAGUACCUCCAGGUCACCGAGCACAAAGGAAAUGAUGAUUACGCUGCGGCUGCUGCUCGCGACGACAUCGAUCUUACCAUGGCCGCUGAACACCUCCGCUACGCGGCUAGCUGUCUCGGCCGGAUCACAGGUCGAGGCGAGGCUGGCGAUGUCGAGGAGAUUCUCGGCGUCAUCUUCGAGAAAUUCUGCGUAGGAAAAUAAGGUAGAAUAGGUUUCGAAUUCCAAAAUGGUGUUGUAGAUUAUUGUACAGUCAUGUUUAUGCUCCGGUACCGUGGGUGUUAAGCUCCCUGUUUGUUUCCACCCAUUCCUACCCGUUUCGCCCUCCCAAGAAAGAAAGAAAGAAAGAAAGAAGAAAAAAAGC